AUGCCGGACGAUCACAUGGAUCCACAUUACACUUGGCCCCUGGUGUUGUUGACUGAUUUGUGUGCAUCGAGCCAAGCGAACCUUACUGGGCUUGUGAAGUCAAUAGUCGAGGACGAUCUCAAGUCUCAUUCCGACAAGUAUUUUGGGACAUCUGCCCAAGCCAAAAAUGCCACUCAUAAUGUCAAUGUCAAUGUCCGUGUAUGGUCACCAACUCGUCGCCUUCUAGGGUCUAUCGCCCAAGUAGGCCCACCUCGUGAUAAUCAAAGCAAUCUCUAUGCCCUUGCUAUCCUAGCAUACCGGUCGGGUCGACCAAGAAUCAUCGUGGCGGAUGAGACGACCAAACGUCAGCUGUCAGGAAAAUUUCUCUAUGAUCGUGAUCUAUAUUCAAUAAGGGGGGGAGGGCACAUCUCGGUCAUUCUCCUAUCCACAAAUAGGAAUCCCGACUCGGGUGAAUAUUCAGUUUUCGCAAAACGUGCCGUGUGCUCCCCACAAGAAACCAUGUUCAAUAUCGACGACAUAGACUAUAUAUGGCGCGAUCCCGAUCCUCAAGGAAGGCGGUUCAAAUCUGUUCACAAAACAUGGGGGCCUUUGUGGGCCCAUGGGCAGGGAUGGAGGGGAACCAUGUUACAUGAUCCUGAUGAGGAACCGUUCAAGCCCGGGACGGCAAAUAUCCUAGGAAGAGAGUACUAUGCCAAAGCCGUGAUCGCUGCUUUCACUCAGUAUCUACCCACCGAGCUGGCCAUCCAGAUCGCCAACACAAACAGCGACCCUAUCAAGAUGCCAAUAUGGGACCGUCGUCCAAGUAACACACAUCUAGUCAUCUUCCUCCUGUAUCCUACAACACCCCAGGAAUUGGGAAACACGUACAAAAAGCUAGAGGAGGUGAUUCCAACAAAGUUUUUCCACCGCGGCCCGAGGAUGCCAAUAACAAUUCCAAAUACGGGAUUUACCGUGCAGACCGAGGAGUGGUACACCGAACCCCAUAUGACACUGGAAGUUGUUCCCUGGAAUAAGCACCGCAUGAAGACCCGUCGAGACCUCAUCAACUUCUGGAAUGAAUAUCGUGUGUGGGAUGCUCAAUUGGGGAGAAAGGAGGGUGGAAUCAUGCCUUUGCUCUAUCUCCCCAGACCGCUAGCUGCUCUGGACGAGGCUCAGUUCGGCGUUUUUACAUGCAAGCCCCGUAAACCAAAUAUAUUAUUCGUGCAGGAAAUGAAGUUCUUCGACAUUUGCACUGACAUGGAGGAAUGGGGCUAUGUGCGUACUUCCCAUGAGUUUGACUCUCGCAACAAAGGUGCCAAAGAGAUACUCUGCCAGCCGGACAACCCAUUUUUUAUCGAUCCACCUCUAUGGCUACCUAUCAUCACGACAAAUUGGAUUCGAACCGUGGUCUUCCUCACGAACCAGUUAAGCCACGCCGCAAAACAGACAUUGAAGCAGCUUAUCGUGCCACCCAUUGAAGUAGAUUCGGACGGGUCCGAUUAUGAUUCCCAACAUGGUGAUACAUCCCCCGAGUAUUCGAUCGUACCUUGGCGCGAGGACGCCGCUAUGAUCGAUGGAAAUGUGGAAGAUAUCUGGGAGCUCGUUCAGGCGCUUUAUGUGUAUCCUCAGGCGCUUCAACGAAGCACAAUCUCCUUCGUUUGUGUCGAUCAGCAGUUUGAGCUUGAUCAAUCGAUCAUUCUGGUCCAAGCAGAAGAGUGGACUGACUCGGAGCAUGAUCUACUCCACCAUUUGCCCUUUCCGCGAUUGAGAGGGUUCAAAUAUACUCGUGCCUCUGCUGUGUUGACAUAUUUUGAGAACACAAACAGAGUCAAUGUUGACGCAGUGAGUCACGAUUGGUCAAAAUAUAAAAGACCGGGAUGGCCGGCACCUGGGAUAUUGCCUGAUGACCCUGUAGAAGAUAUAAACUAUGUUGACGCAAGCGCUUACCCUUGA